AUGCCAUUGACUUCCAACAUCAACCAACACCAUCACUAUCAUCAUCAACUUCCAGAUGAGCUCUGGAUUGACAUUUUCAUGUAUCUCACUGAUUCUCUUUCCUCCAUCUUUAUCCAUGUUCCACUCACUUGCAAGAGAUUCUUCCGAAUUAUUUAUCAUAUGGAUGAUAAUUUUAAACAAUUCAUACCUUCCAAUCAUCAUCAAGCCUUCGAUCAUCAUCAAGUGUCUUCUUCCCAGACCACCACAACCACCACCACUACCAAUAACAGAUCGACCUCCACAAGCACCAUCACGACAGAUCAUUCUGUUCUUCCGAGGAGGAGUGAGGAGGAGGAGGAUCAUCACCAACAUUCUGAAAUAGCAUCCACCGCUCUACUCCAUCACGAUGAAUGGUUCGUUGAUUCGGAUACAACUCGAGUGAAUGAACCCUUGUACAAGUUAUUACUUGAGUUGUAUAGUUUGAAUAAUUUUGAUCAGAAUGAUGAACACUCGACAACAACAUUUUCAAAUAAUACUCAUGCCAACAACAUGAAACAACAAUAUAGAUCUUACAGAACUUGUUUUGAAAUUUUCAAAUUAUUUGGUUUUACAAUGAAUAAUUUAUUUCGAAAAGAGUUGUGUUACAGCGGAACCAUGAUCACCAAUUUGGAGGCUUACAAAAAUACAAAGACUGCCUCUCCUUCGAUGCAAGAAUCUCUUCCAAGUGGAAAUACAGUAGUAAUGACAGAAAAUUUUGGUUCCUCCUCAGCGGGUGUGAAUGUAGUGAAUCGACCCAUGAUGUACAAUUCAGGAAUUCAUUAUUUUGAAUUUAUUGUACAUAAGAGUGGACAGUAUGACAAUUUCUUGAUUGGAAUUGUGUUAACUGAGAGAUUGAACAUUGAGAAUUGUAAACAGGUAUCGGGAGAAAAGCUUGAAGAUCGGUUUAAUGUUGAUGCAGAAUAUAGUUUUCAGUUCAGAGAUUAUCUUGGAUCGUUAAACAGUUUUAGUAUUGCAAUUUAUGAAGAAGGAAAUUGUGUUUAUCACAAAUCUCACUCAAUAUAUAAUUGUAAUCAAAAGAAACAGUAUUGUACUGUCGAGGAUGAGAAUAUUGUGAAAGCUAAUGGAUAUGUUAUUGGUGUUUAUUUGGAUACGAAAAAUUACAAAAUUGCAUUUGCGAAAAAUGGAGCAUUUGUUUCAUCGAUGGAUUUUUCUCAGAAAAUGAUUGAUCAUCCAAGGUAUGAGGCAGGUCAGCUUGCUUUUUAUCCUGCCUUAUCUAUGGGACAAACAAACGAUGCUUGUACCUUUUCUACCAAGAUGUCUCUUCAGAAAUGUAGUGCCAUCAGACGUGCUGUCAAAGAACUCGUAUUCGAAAAAAAGUAA